UAUUAGAACUUGAACAGAGGACUUAAUGGUAUGUCCUUGUUCAAACCCAGAGAAGCUCCUAUAGCCACAAAAGCCUUAUCAUCAACUGGCGCUGCAGAAGACAACUUGCUCUGUUUAUAACAGAUGUACCCUAUUGAGUUUUGACAAAACUCAUGUAUAAAGUAUCUCCUUUGAACCAAGCUAGUUUACACGUAAGGGAAAACAAAGUAUUGUCUUAUGUUAUGUUAAUUGUCAAAGUUAUGCAUGGGAAAAUGUGAAAAAGCAUCUGUUGUAUCUAUUUGAAUGGAGGAGGUAGCAUAUAGGAGUAUAUAUAUAUUUUUUCUGAAGUGCUGGUAACUUAGUAGUGUAGUGGUGAUUGUUGAAAGAUCAAAUUUUGAAAUUAUUUGUUUUGCAAUAGAAGAAAGGUGAUUAUGUCAAAUUCUAGUAGCAUAUGCAGAAAUAAACGAUGGUCUCUUUCUGGCAUGACUGCUCUUGUUACUGGGGGCACUAAAGGAAUCGGAUACGCAGUUGUAGAAGAACUAGCUGGAUUAGGGGCAAGGGUUCAUACAUGUGCUAGGAACGAGUCUGAACUCGAUGCUUGCAAACGCAAUUGGGAGUCGAAAGGCUUUCAAGUCAGUUGUUCCGUUUGUGAUGUAACAUCUCAAGCCCAGAGAGAAAAACUGAUGGAAAUUGUCUCCUCCAAAUUCACUGGCAAGCUUAAUGUCCUGGUGAACAAUGUUGGAACAUACAUAAAGAAGCCAACAACAGAGUACACAGGUGAAGAUUAUGCAAGUGUAAUUGGAACCAACCUUGAAUCAACUUACAAUUUAUGCCAACUUGGCCACCCUCUUCUCAAAGCAUCUGGUUUUGGCAGCAUCAUCUUCAUGUCUUCUGUUGCUGGUGUUGUGGCUGUUGAUGUCGGAUCACUUUACGGUGUAACAAAGGGAGCAAUUAACCAACUAGCAAAGAACUUGGCAUGUGAGUGGGCAAAGGAUAACAUUAGGACCAAUUCUGUUGCACCUUGGUACAUCCGUACACCUCUUACUCAAGUGACCCUUGGUAACAAAGAGUAUUUGGAAGGAGUGGAAGGAAGAACCCCUCUUGGAAGGACAGGGGAGGUGGAAGAAGUGUCUGCGUUGGUGGCGUUUCUAUGCAUGCCUGCUGCCUCGUACAUUACUGGUCAGACUAUUUGUGUCGAUGGAGGUUUCACUGUCAAUGGCUUCAACCCCAACAUUUUGUGAGACAACUAGCUUGAAUUCCGGCCUGGAUUUCAAGUAGAGGCUUAUCAGUUGCUUCUACCCCUUUUCAAACAAGUUUUAAUCAUAAUCUCUGGAUCCAAAUCUAAUUGUCACAUAAUCCCAACUCCUAUAAUUGAUUUGGUUUUGACAAUUACUCCUUGUAGUCAAUGAAUUUUUUUAUUUUUUUUAAAAAAAACGAAUUAUGAUUGUUUUGACA